AUGACGGAGAGCGCCAAGACGCACGUCAUCCUGCUCUCGUGCGGGAGCUUCAACCCCAUCACCAAAGGCCAUAUUCACAUGUUCGAAAAGGCCAGAGAGUAUCUGCACCAAACCGGCCGCUACAUCGUGAUCGGGGGAAUCAUCUCCCCAGUGCACGACUCCUAUGGCAAACCAGGCCUGGUGUCCAGCAGACAUCGCCUGACCAUGUGCCAGCUGGCGGUGCAGUCCUCAGACUGGAUCAGAGUGGACCCCUGGGAGUGUUACCAGGACACAUGGCAGACCACCUGCAGCGUGCUGGAGCACCACAGGGACCUGAUGAAGAGAGUAACCGGGUGCAUCCUGUCCAACAUCAACACGCCCUCUUCCACUCCCGUGAUUGGUCAGCUGACUCAGCCGCAGACCCAGACCACGCCCAUUUACCAGAACCACGGCAACAUGAACCACAAGCCCACAGCCAUCAAACUCUGGGGUAAAAUCAGUGAAAACCUGGGAAAAAUCUGCUGUGUUCGUCCUCACAUCGACCGCUUCACGUUCGUCGAUGAGAAUGCAAACCUGGGGACUGCAAUCCGCUACGAGGAGAUCGAGUUGAGGAUCCUGCUGCUGUGCGGGAGUGACCUGCUCGACUCCUUCUGUAUCCCCGGCCUCUGGAAGGACAGUGAUAUGGAGGUGAUCGUGGGAGAUUUCGGCAUCGUGGUGGUCCCUCGCGACGGAGCCGACACUGAACGCAUCAUGAACCACUCGGCCAUCCUGCGCAAGUACAAGGACAACAUCAUCGUGGUGAAGGACGCCGGCUCUCACCCCAUGUCUGUGGUCAGCUCCACCAAGAGCAGACUGGCCCUGCAGCACGGAGACGGACACGUGGUGGACUACCUGUACCAGCCCGUCAUCGACUACAUCCUGCAGACCCAGCUCUACAUCAAGGCCUCGGGAUGA